AUGGCGGAUGAUGAUGGAUUAUCAGCCCGAUCAUAUGUAUCGCUAAUAUCCUUCUUUGUAUGUAUCUACUUCUGUGUCGCCCCAUUAGAUAUUAGGCUCCCAAAAUGGUGUCCUCUCCAAACAUUGCGGAUUGAUUUGGGAAGUGCACCUGUGAUAUGUGUGCUGUUUGAAUUGGCCACGACUGUGAUGUCGCCUGAUGUGGUUAGGCUUGGGAUACUGGGAUCUAAUGGGAUUCAACCGUGGGCUAUUGUCGUGCUUUUCUUUUCGCUGGCGUACGUCAGUAUAAGUAUCGAUCUUACAGGAUUGUUCAGUUUUAUUGCCUUCCAGGUCACAAAACGUGGGAAAGGAAACGGUCGUAAAUUGUAUGAUUAUCUGUUUAUGCUGUCGGUACUCUUGACCAUUUUCACGUCGAAUGACGUAGUAGUCUUAACCGUAACACCAAUCCUCUGCUACCUCGGCAUCGCAUCCCACAUAGACGUGUCUGCCUUCACACUAAGCAGCUUCAUAGUCUGCAAUAUCGCAUCCAUGAUGCUCUACAUUGGAAACCCAACAAACGUAGUCGUAGCUCAAGCAUCAAACAUCAAUUUCAUACAAUUCACAGCCGUAAUGGGCAUCCCCACAAUCGUCGGAAUCAUAACAGCCUACUUUGCAACGAAACUAUUGAUUUCACAUUUAAUUCCACGUAAUAUUCAGCCACCACCGUCCGAAGCUGAACAUACUUACGCACUCAAAGAUCGGAAUGGCGCUAUAUUUGGUGUUGGGGUGCUGCUAUCGUGUCUGGUGUGCUUGAUGGUAGUUCCGCUGUUUACAGAUGUGGGUGUAUGGUUGUUGACUGCUCCGUUUGGGUUGCUGAUGCUUGUAAAGGAUGUGUUUACGGAUUUGAAAAGGACGAGGUCGUCAGAGUCUGAGAGGAAUAGUUUGAGUAUGAAGGAGAUGUCCGAUGUCAAGAGCCAUGACCGGAAUAACAGUAGUGUGCAUCGGAAUAGUCUGCCGUAUAUACAGGAAAGUAAUACUGUCGAUGCAGCGGCGCCUGCAAUGUUACAGGUGCUGCAUGAUUCAGGACAUAUUAAUAACAGUCAGCAUCACGAGCUGACUGCGCUUGCUAAUGAAGAGACGGAGAGUGCACCCCCAGAUGGUACCAUGUUGGAGCAAGAUAUUGCCGCCACGAAUAUUAAUAAUAAUGGGAAACCGCCAAAGUCACCACAGACAUUAUCACCUCCAUCUAUAAAGCACUCGGAAGCAAAUCAAACAGAACCACCACGAACAUCCAUAACAAAGCCCAACUACCUCCUAAAACGCCUCCCCAUAACAUACACAGCAAUAUCCCGAUGCCCAUGGCGCAUAGGCCCCUUCGCACUCGGAAUGUUUGUCCUCGUUGAAUCCCUCAACGCCCUAAACUGGACUGCAGUACUCGCAAUCGGGAUCGCUCGCAUAUGUCAAACCGUCCCUGCCGCCAUAUUCGCAAUCGGGUUUCUCUCAGCGCUAGCAUGCUCCCUCCUAAACAAUCUCCCCAUGACAAUUCUCGCAGUUCGAAUCCUCCAGCAUCCGAAUUUCUCGGCUGGGGUUGGUGGUGAUGCUGCUCAUCAGCAACAGAUUUAUCAGGCUGCACUGUGGGGACUCGUGGUGGGGUCGAAUAUUGGUGCUGAUUUGACGUUUGUAGCUAGUCUUGCUGGGCUAAUGUGGAGCGAGUUGCUGAAGAUGCAUCCGGGGAUGGAGAUGAAGCAGUGGCGGUUUGCGAAAUUGUGUGUGGGGGUUAUGGUGGUGUCGCUUACGGCGAGUUUGACUCCCACAUCUCCAUACGGAAACAAAGUCAAGAUUGUCCUCGCUGAAAAAGGCUUGCCAUUCACAGUGAAGCCAACCCUCCCAUUUGGACUUACAGUCUCGCCAAAGCAAGAAGUUCCCUACAUCGAAGAUGGACCAGUGCUCUUAACCGACUCUCGCAUCAUCUGCGAGUACCUGGACGAAAAGUACACCCAGCACAAGAUGAUGCCUUCAGAUCCAUUGGAGAAGGCUAAACUGAGAGCCAUUAUUGACGUUGUUGAUUCCCAGUUGGAAGGAAUUAACUGGGGCCUAGGUGAAAUCCUCUUCUGGCACAGAGCCGGCACCGAAGGCCAACUCCGAGAAACCCUUCUCGCCAAUGCCAAGACGUCCACCGACAACUAUAUGAUAUGGUUGUCUACUCAAUUGGGCGACAAGCAGUGGUUUGGUGGAAGCAUGUUCUCAUUGGCUGAUGCAGCUGUUGUCAGUCAUAUGAUUGGAACCGAUCGAAUGGGUUUUGGACCUGCUGCAUCUACACCUAUCGGGAAGUGGUGGGAACGUGCCAAACAACGUAAAGCAGUCGCAGCCAUACUAGCUGAAAAGGAAGCCGUCGCAACAGACGGUGGCAAAGCUCGUCGAGAAAUGCUAUAUGAAAAGAAGGCGUUUAGACGCCAAUACCGUGACCAUAGACUCGAAUUCAUGAUUCGAUCAGGAGGAAUUAGUGUUGUUGAGGCUGGUAUCAAGGCAGACAAUAUUCGGUUUACAGAGCCUGAAAAGUUUGCUAAAGCCAGCAAGCUGUAG